AUGAUAAGACUGACGACUAUACUACUUAUAUUAGUAGUUUACACAAAUCAAUGUGAUAGUGUUAGUUUCCAUGAUCUAUUGAAAUAUUUCUCUUCUUCUAAAUGUGGUUAUGAUUCAUGUGAAACUGGAAAAUCAGGAUAUCUUAAUAUACAUCUAAUACCCCAUACACAUGAUGAUGUUGGCUGGUUGAAAACAGUAGAUCAAUAUUAUUAUGGUGUGAAUAAUACAAUUCAACGAGCUGGUGUUCAAUACAUAUUAGACAGUAUUGUAUCUGCUUUAGCACAUAAUCCAAAUCGUAAAUUUACUUACGUUGAAAUGGCUUAUUUUUAUCAAUGGUGGAUAGUACAAUCAAAAGAAAUCAAAAAUCUCGUUAAAGAUUUAAUUAAAUCAGGACAAUUACAAUUUGCUUUAGGUGGUUGGAGUAUGGCUGAUGAAGCUACAGUUUAUUAUACUGAUGCAAUUGAUCAAUUAACAUAUGGAAAUAAUUUAUUAAAACAAUUAUUUGGUGAUUGUGGACGUCCAUUAGUUGCUUGGCAAAUUGAUCCAUUUGGUCAUUCACGUGAUCAUUCAGAUUUAUUUCAAGAUGCUGGUUUUGAUGCUGUCUAUUUUCAACGUAUGGAUUUUCGUGAGAAAUUAAUACGUAAACGAUUAAAACAAUUAGAAGUUUUAUGGGAUACUACUUAUACUACUAAUAAUAUUACUGAUAAUGGCAAAUUUUAUGGUUUAUUUACUGGAAUGUUCUAUGAUACUUAUUGUUAUCCGCCUAAUUUUGAAUUUGAUGCAAGCUAUCCAGAUCAUUCCAUUGUAGAUAAACCAUCUAUUCAAGAAUAUAAUGUUGAUAUAGUUGUAAAGACAUUUAUAAAGUAUGUUAAAAACUUAUCCAAUUCAUUUAAAACAAAUCAUAUUAUGAUUUUAAUGGGUUGUGAUUUUACAUAUGAAAAUGCUCAUAUGAACUAUAAUAAUAUGGAUAAGUUAAUUAAGUAUGUUAAUGCUCAACAGAAGUAUGGUAACAAUGUGAAUGUAUUAUAUUCUACACCAGCAUGUUAUACAAAAGCGGUAAAUGAAGAAUUUAAUCGAAUUGGUACAAUCAAUCGUCGUAGUGGGGAUUUCUUUCCAUAUGCUAGUAGUCCAUUAUCAUAUUGGACUGGUUAUUAUACUAGUAGACCAGCAUUGAAAUACUAUGUACGUCAAGCAUCAAAUUUAUUAUCAAUGUGUGAACAAAUUCAUUUAUUUGCAAAUCAUAUCCGAAAUAAAAACAAUCCAUAUGAUAAUGAAGUAAAUAUUAAUCAUUUACGUCAAGUACUUCAUAUUGUACAACAUCAUGAUGCUGUAACUGGUACAUCGAAACAACAUGUAACUAAUGAUUAUGCUCUACGUUUAUAUAAUGGUACAAAAUCCUGUCAAUAUUUAAUUAAUAAUUCAUAUAUGAAACUGUUGCCAAGUUAUCAAUUCAACCAAACGAAUCAAUUCGAUGUAACAUUUUGUGAUUUAUUAAAUAUUAGUUUAUGUAAUACUACUGAAGAUUAUCAGUCAUAUUUACAUGGAUCAAAGAACAAUCAUAACGAGGAUGAUCAUAACGAGGAUGGUGAUGGUAUCUUCAUUCUUCUAUAUAAUACAUUAGGUUGGGAACAAUCCAAUGUAUGGAUUCGAUUCCCAAUAUAUAUUCCAAUUAAUAAUGAUCAUAAUGUUGAUAGUUUAUUAAAUAAAUUUCAAAUUAUAAUAAAAGAUCUUCGUAACACUUCAAAAACACAUCAAUCUUUACCUUAUCAAUUAAAUUUAAUCAAUAAAAGAACACUUCAAAUACCUGAACGAAAAUCUUCAUUACAUCAUGAAAAUUAUGAAUUAUUAUUUAAUCCUAAAAAUAUAUUACCAAUUGGAUUUAAUAUAUUCUAUUUCAAGAUUACUCAUUCAUCAACAUCAUCAUCAACAUCCUCAUCCUCAACAUCACCAUCAUCAUCAACAUCCUCAUCAUUGACAUCCUCAUCUUCAACAUCACCAUCACCAUCAUCAAUAUCCUCAUCAUUGACAUCCUCAUCAUUGACAUCCUCAUCAUCAACAUCAUCAUCAUCAUCAUCAUCAACAUCCCCCUCCUCAUCAUCACCAACCUUGGAAACCACAACACAUAGAAGUUCUAUUAUUGUUACAGAUACUAUGAAAUUAAAACUAUCCUAUAAUAAAUAUAAUAAAUUUAUACAACUUAUAAUGAAACAUAUUCAAAGUAAUAUUAAAAUAAAAUUAAAUAUUGAAUUAAUGUAUUAUAUAGGUGAAACAAAUGGACAACAAUCAUCUGGUGCAUAUAUAUUUUUACCUAAAUAUAAAACUUAUGCACAACGAUUUCAUUCAAUUCAUGGAAUAAUAACACGUGGAUCUUUAGUUGAUGAAGCCUAUAUUGAAUAUUCUUCAUGGGCUUCCCUGAUUGUACGUCUUUAUCAUAAUGGAGAAUUAGAAGUUGAAUGGACAAUUGGUCCAUUUCCAUCUGAUAUGAUUGGUCGAGAAACUGUAGUGCGAUACACUAUCCAUGGAGAUGAUGUUCAAUAUCGUGAUACAGGUGAAUUCUUCACAGACUCAUCUGGUAGACGUUUAAUAAAACGUUUACGUAAUCGAAGAGAUGAUUGGGGUAUACCAAUGAAAUAUCAUGAAGAACACAAUAUUACUGGUAAUUAUUAUCCAAUUGUCAAUAGAAUUAUGAUUAAAAAUAUUCUACUUAAAUGGUUGAAUAAGAAAAUUCCAUUCGGUUUAGCAAUCUAUACAGAUCGUAGUCAAGGUGGAACAAGUUUAAAUGAUGGACAACUGGAAUUGAUGCUACAUCGUCAAACAAUUAAUGAUGAUAAUUUAGGUGUAAAUGAACCAUUGGAAGAAUUAGGAUUGGAUAAUAAAGGUUUAAUUGUUCGAGGUACACAUAAAAUACGAUUUGAUGAAUUGAAUUUGAUUGAAUCGGAAGAUAGAAAAACUGCUCAAGAGAUGCGUAGACCAAUCAUUCCAAUGUUUAUUCGAUCUAACAAACAAAGUUUAGCAGAUCCUUUCAAUGGAUGGAGUGGAAUCAUGAAAUGUUUACCCAACAAUAUUAACUUGCUUAGUCUAACAUCAUGGCCUUUGUAUGUCGUUGACAAACCAGAAUCUAAAAACCAAAUUCUCGUCAGAUUUGAAAAUUUGCACACGUUGGACAAUUUAAAACAUACACAUAUAGAUGCUUCACAUUUAUUCUAUGGUAUCACAAUAACUGAUGUAACAGAGAUGACACUAACGGCUGAUCGAUUGAAAGAAGAAGCUAUGUCACAAAGACUUCAUUGGCCAACGGAACCAACAUUUCAAUCUGUCACAAAAAACUAUGAAAUGAACUCGUCGAGUGUUAUUUUGAAAAUACCUCCAGAUAAAAUAAUUACGUACAUAUUGACUUAUAAAAUAGACGAUUCUUCAUAUUUUCCUGAUUAAAAUAAAUUUGUAAACAUUUAUUUCAGUAAAUUUAAAUAUAAUUUAUGAGAGUUCAACAAA